CGCGUCUCGCGAGAGGCGGCGGGACGCGGGAGGCGCAGCGGCCGUUAACGGGUCCGUCAUGGCUGACGGGCGGUCCCGGGCUCGGCCCGGCCUCAGGCGCAGCGGCCGCCACAGCGCGAGGGCGGCGGCCCAGACUGGAUUGAGUGUACAAAAUAAGAGUAAAUCUGUCAGCAGCACCUUGGCAAAGCAGAGACUGGCAGUGUUCCCUGACCUCAGAAAUGGCACGCCACGGCUCAUGCUCAAGAGAGUCAUGCAGAACCAGCCCCAGGUUUCACCACUGGCACCUCAGAUAUCUAACCAUGAAGACACACAAGAAGCUCAUGCAGAAGUCCCAUCUAAGAGGGCUUCCAGCACGGGGGAAUUGCAGCUGCCAGAUGUUGCUCCUGAGGACACAUCUGUCACCGUGUUCCACAUGAAAAAGAAGAGAAAAAAACUCAGCAUUUCUGAGUUUGAGAGGGCAGCAGAGAGACGCCUUCCCCAGUACCAAGCUCAGUCAACGUUGGACAGCACAACUAUGGCUCGAUCCCUUUGCAUGUCUGUGGGUUCCUUGCUGGCCCCAGACACCGUUGAGAAGAGGGGUUUGCACCGGAGGCCCAAAAUCCGCAGGGCUGUGGACAUGCAAGCGUUUGAAGGCAGAGUGGAGCAGAACAUGCUGAAGAGCACAGGACAGGACGAUCUUGUGGACUCACAAUCUGCAUCUGGGAUUCGAACAAGCAUCCUGACAAGUGAUGCAGAAAUGAUGAUGAAUAGCACAGAGCUCUUUGUUCAGCCCCAGCUGGAUGAAGAGAGCCAAAAUAAAUUAUCUGCUCUUGAAUCCCAGCUGUCAGAUUCAAAAGCUUCAGCACAGAGGAGCCCGAUUUCUGAUGCAGAUCAAGAGGAAGCAAGGCUGGAGGGCCUAGUACCCAGUGUGAGCACAAACCAGGGGAAGACCCAAAGAUACUCCAAGAGCUCAAGCCUUGAUGAUGAGCAUGUUGGCAGAAUGACCCAUGUAUCUCCAGAAAGCCCUGCAAAACAGGAAGAAGAAAAGCAAGACCAUUCCCAGCAGAGUAACCCAGCGGCACAGAUUUCUUGUACUGAAGAAGAGGUGGUUUGCAGUGUUUAUAGAUGGAGCUCCUCUCUGCCCUCCAAAAGUUCAAGUACAUAUUUGGGAUCCCCAGUCACUCUAAAUGUUUCCAGAAUGUAUUUGAGACAAGUUGUGUCCCAUAUAAUUGAAGACCUAGAAGUAAGUGAUACAGAAGAAGAGAUGAUUAAUACAGAGAAUGGAGUGGAACAGGAAAAGAUUUUCCCUGAGGCUGCAGAACGUGGUGCAAGUGCUCGAUAUUCUGAACAUUUGGAGAAGAAACUGGCUGAAAAAGCAGAAUUGCAGAUAACUGCAGCACAGGACAGCAGAGGUGAAGCAGAAAGGGCUCCUUCAGCAGGGGAGGAACUGGAAGAAGGCAGCACUGGAGCCCAGGGCUCUCCCAGAGCUGAACGUGAGAUUACCAGAGGCAUUGGAGCUGGAAGUCUGGGCAGGCACUCUCGUGCCUCUUCCUCAUUUGAAAAACCUGAAAUGACUCAAUUAAAUGAAACUGAGGAACAAGGAGAUGAACUACAGGACGAGGCUAUGAUGCUAAAUUUCGAUAAUUCAGUGGAAGAGGAUGCUGCUGAGGAUGAAGCUGAACACCCUCCAAGUGAAGCACUGCCUGCUCCAGGAGUUCUGGAAAGAGACUUCAGCUCCUCCAGUACUUUUUUCCCAGAGGUUUCCAUGAAGACUCCUGCGUUUGUCCAUGCUCCAGCCAAAAACCUGCUGUCAACGCCACGUGUUGCAAAACCUGCUGCUCCCAGGUCUCCCCUGCAGCUGCUGCAGCCUAAGAAAGUUUCUAAGAGAUUGGGAACAUCCAAGAAGAAACCACGUGAUCCUCAAGUACCAAGGAGUUUGAUAAAGAAGAUAUUCAGACAUUUUGCUAAAAUGCCAGUAACCAGAGAUGCAUUCCAAAUUGUUGAAAAAUGCUGUGAGAGAUACUUCAAGCAGCUGAGCAAUGAUCUGGAAGCUUACACCCUCCAUGCAGGGAGGAAGACAGUGGAGGCAGCUGACCUGGAAGUCCUGAUGAGAAGGUGUGUGCUGAGGUUGGUAUGAACAGGCCAGAAGGCAUGAUGGGUUACUUGUCCUGCUUUGGGAGUUCCAUGUACUUGUUGUUUCACCUUGUUCUAGAUGUCUUUAUGCCUUUUUACUGCCUCAUAAAGAGAUCAGGAAUUGUUGCUGGCUCACGCAUAAGAACAGCAUCUCUGUUCCUUCCACAUGGGAAGUGUGAAUAAAUGUUGCACUUUCUUUCUACAAAACUGGGAGAUGAUGAUUUUUUUCAGGCCAGUCAGCUAAAUGGUGUACAGGAAAACUCCAUGGCCUACACACUUAGCAAAUGCCAACCACCUCUGAGUUGUGACUGUAAAAAAAAUCUGGGUACUGAGUUAUUUCCUUCUGUCACAUCAUUCUGUGCACGUCUUCAAAGAGUAGAAUUUAUCCCACGGUAGGUGGAUUGUGAAUUUAAAAAGCAAUGAGCCUCUGCUUUGGUCCUGAUCAAUAUAGAUGAAUAUCCCCAUGGUAAACAGUGGGAAGCUGCUCUGCAGGAACCCUCUGGGUCUCUCUGCUCUGCUGUGUGGGCAGUCCUGGCACUGCAGCAUGCACAGGAGCUCAGAAGCUGCCUGCAAACACGAGUCUGGAGCUGUUUGUCACAAGCAGUCAGAGCAUUUCACCUCCUGAAUGCAAAAACAUCACUGCAAGAAAACUGUACUCUGAAAUUGAGUGGAAGCACAUUUCACUAACAACUUUGUGUGUUCCCUGCUC